UUUUUUUUUAACGUGUUGUUCCCUCAACGCGUCAUUCUUGACACUCUGCAUUGCAAACAACCUAAGAAAUUUUAAUUGAUGGAGGAUUACUAUGACAUCGAUUCAAUCUUGGCUGAAGACCAGAAUGUCAAAUGUGUCUUUCAAAGGGAUGUACCUGGAUUGUCCUGGUUGGAAGGAGGACACGGUGAUACGCUGAGAGCAGGAUCGAGAAUCGAUAUUCCAUUCUGGAUGGCACGAGAAAUAGUAGAUCACCCGGAAGGCACAGUACCGAUGGAUAUUGAAACGCCCGAGUUUUUCGGUCCUAAGGUCAGAAAUGGUCUCCGAGCAGAAGCAACGGUUGUGGAUCUUACAAAGCUUUGUCCAAGUUUCUUUCGUUUUGGGAUUCAUUUCUUACAAUUGAUGGACGAUCCACAGUUGGCAAAAGUAUUAGAAGAGGCUUUCAAGGUACGGUUACAAUUAACUAUGGAUCAUACGCAAUCAGGUGGAAACAACAACUCGACUGAAUACUUGAGUCGAUUAGAUGACACAGAACGUGAACUUUACAAGGCAGGAUUGGAAAGCAGUGCAUCAGUUCAUCAAUGGAAUCAGCAAUCUUUUGGAAGGAUACGGUCCGCAAGCGAGAUUCUUUUAAAAAGGAAACUAGGAGCAUAAAAGAGAAUCAAUCAAAUCAAAUCAAAUCAAUCAAAUCAAGCGG